AUGUACUCGCAGCUUGUCGAGAGAAUCGACUCAAAGAGUCUUGAUAACUGGAGUAACAACGUGUACCGUGUGCCAGGCAUAACAGCAUACGGGGAGGAUGAAUUCAAAGCUUUGCCUCACGUGAGGCAAUCUAUCAAGGAUGAGCCGUAUUACAGCUGCCUUAUGCAACCUUACUACGAACAGCCAGCAGUAUCCUGGGGUCCACCCGUCAAUGCUUCCAACAAAAAGCCCCUCUCCGGUAUAAAGCUACUAGAACUAGCACGAGCCAUUGCUGCGGAAACCAUUGGAAGAGUCUGUGCUGCCCUCGGUGCUACGGUCAUUCGUGUCAGUUCCUCGGUCAAUAAAGAGUUGCCGAUCACUUAA